AUGGCCCAAUUGCGCGCAGAUAAGAGUCGAAUUGUGGCCGUGAGAAGCGUCAGGACUGGCAAAUACGUUGUUCGAAACUUCAAUGAUAUGUCGAAAGUCCAACAGAAGUGUGUUACCCUCUUGGGUGCCGGGACUCAAGGGGCGCGUCUGGCAUACAUGUGGUCUCGCUGUGGAAGCCCCGUGAAUCUCAUCGAUAAGAGUCAGAAGCAGCUUGAACUUGCCGGGAAGAAGGUUCUGGCUUUGAGAGAGGAGGGAAGCGUCCUGGGCCUGCUAGGGGGUCAAUGGGGCGAUGUCACCCCUGCGACGAGCGAAAAGCUCAAACACGCUAUUUGGGAAUCGUGGCUUGUCAUUGAGUGUGUCCCUGAGUCAUUGUCUCUAAAGCGAGCUGUCGCUGAGGAGCUCGACCAGCUGGCUGGGCCCGAGACAAUAAUCGCCUCCAACUCCAGUAGUUACACGAUUACUGAAAUUCUGGAGGGACUGAAGACAAAGUAUCCUGAUAGGCUCCUGAGCCUACACUCAUGUAAGUCGCUGCUGCCGCCUGCACAGUCGAAACCCAAGCCCCAGCCUGACAAAGAUGUCACAGAUUGGCCACCAGAGACCUCGGCUAUUGAGAUCAUGGGCUCUGGCAACACGAGACCGGAUAUCAUAUCUCUUCUAAAAAGAAAAACCGGAGCUCAUGGUUUCGAGCCCUUCCACGUGCAGAAGCCGUCGAUGGGCUACAUUUACAACAGGAUCUGGGCGGCGAUCAAGCGGGAAGCCUUGUUUGCGCUAGAUGAGGGUGUUGCGUCACCGCAAGAAAUUGAUGGGAUUUUCAAGGCCGUGUUAAAAACACCUAAGGGACCGUGUGAACAAAUGGAUGUCGUUGGGUUGGAUGUGGUGCUUGACAUCGAGAAUCACUACGCAGAUGUUCGGCCGGGUCUCCCUGAGGAACCCCGAAAGUAUUUACAGCAGAUGAUAGCACAAGGCAGGUUGGGUGUUAAAACUGGCUCCGGGUUUUUCGAAUACGGAAAUACCAAGAAAUAA